AAAGUGAUAUAUUAUUUCAUUUAUAAUAAUGUGCUGCAUGAAACUAGUAGCUGUAAGCGUCCUACUUGGAGUAGGUUUAUGCUCCGAUGUGCUCACGUUCCCUCCAGGGUUUAUGUUCGGAGCAGCAACGUCUUCCUAUCAGGUUGAAGGGGGAUGGAAUGCCAGCGAUAAAUCCAUGAGCAUAUGGGACACGUUUGUCCACGAGCACAAUGAAAUAAUAGCGGACGGCUCGACGGGAGACAUCGCCUGCGACUCGUACCACUUAUGGAAACGGGAUAUAGAAAUGCUAAAGGAGCUCGGUGUUGACUUUUACAGGUUUUCUAUAUCUUGGACCCGAUUAGUACCCACUGGCCAUAUCAAUCGAAUCAGCGAAGAUGGGAAGAGAUAUUACAAUAAUUUGAUCGAUGGUCUGCUAAUGAAAGGUAUAGAGCCGGCGGUCACGAUAUAUCACUGGGAUUUGCCACAGCACCUUCAGGAUCUUGGAGGAUGGACCAAUCCUUAUAUUUCGGAUUGGUUCGCUGACUACGCAAGAGUAGUUUUUUCUUUAUUCGGCGACAGAGUAAAGAUAUGGAUCACUAUCAACGAACCCAUAGUUAUUUGCGAUAUAGGGUACGGAACCAACGCCAUAGCACCGGGGACAGUGAUCCCCGACAAAAUUGGCACGUACCUGUGUAACAAAAAUCUAAUGAUCGCCCACGCGAAAGCUUAUAGAAUUUAUGAUAAAGAAUUCAGACCAAAGUAUCAUGGCAUGAUAUCAAUUGUCAACCAAUUAUUUUGGUUCGCGCCACUCAGCCUAGAGGACACGCAUGCAACUAAUUUGGCAUUACAAAAUGUGUUCGGAAGAUACACUCAUCCUAUUUUCUCAAAAGAGGGCGGUUGGCCCGCAGACAUAGAGAGAAUAGUGGCAAUAAAUAGUGAAAAACAAGGAUACUAUGCUUCGAGGUUGCCAGCUUUUACUAAAGAGGAGAUCGAGCUAGUAAGAGGCACAUUCGAUUUCUUUGGCAUGAAUCAUUAUACCAGUAGACUGGUCCGCGAGCGUCACAAUGGAGAGAACGUAAUCCCCCAUCCGCUUCUGUAUGAUAAAGAGUUCAACUAUGUAUUUGAAAUGCAUCCCGAUUGGAAAACAGCGACAAACGGUUGGCUCGCGCUUUACCCAGAAGGGUUCCGCUAUCUGUUACAAUAUAUAAAAAAACAGUACGGUGAUGUCAAAAUAUUGAUCACCGAAAAUGGAUACGCCACGGACACACGUCAAGGUUUAGUAGACGACGACAGGAUAGAAUACUAUAGGACUUAUAUCGAACAGAUGCUGCUAGCCAUCAAGGAGGAUGGUGUGAACGUCAUAGGUUACACUGCUUGGAGUUUGAUGGACAACUUUGAAUGGAUGGAUGGUUAUAAGUCGAAGUUUGGCCUGUACGAAGUAGACUUCUCCAACCCGCACCGCACGAGAACGCCAAGGAAAUCGGUGAAGUUCUUCGCCGAUCUCAUAAAGAAUCGCCAAUUGAAUGGAACCGAUAAAUACAAAAGUGAACUUUAUUCAUGGCACAGACAACGCUCAGUAGUAAAUAUGUGUUAUUGGCAAUUAGUCGCGUUUAGUGUAAUAGUGAGUGGAGUGUGGUGUUCAGAGCUGCUGUUCCCACCGGAUUUCUUAUUCGGAGCGUCCACUUCGGCCUACCAAAUUGAAGGAGCGUGGAAUGUCAGUGAUAAGAGCAAGAGUAUUUAUGAUCAUGCAAUCCAUAACUACCCCAGCAUCAUCGUCGACAACAGUACAGGGGACGUCGCAUGUGACUCGUACCACCAUUGGAAGAAAGAUGUGCAAAUGGCCGCCGAGCUUGGACUGCAAUUUUACAGGUUCUCGAUAUCCUGGCCAAGGUUGCUUCCAUUAGGCUUGGCCAACUACGUCAGUAAAGAUGGAGCUGCAUAUUACAAUAACUUGAUAAAUGAGCUGCUGAGAAAAGGCAUUCAACCUAUCGUCACGUUGCAUCAUUUCGACUUGCCACAGUCCCUUCAGGAUCUUGGUGGCUGGACUAACCCCACAAUAUCUGAAUGGUUUACCGACUACGCCCGAGUGGCGUAUUCCCUCUACGCGGACAGAGUCAAAACGUGGAUAACUAUUAAUGAGCCCAUAAUUAUUUGCGACUAUUCGUACGGCACGGGAAAUUUGCCGCCGCUCGUGAAAGAUCCUAUGUUGGCACCGUACUUGUGCAAUAAGAACAUUUUAAUAUCCCAUGCUAAAGCGUGGAGGCUUUACGAUAAGGAAUACAGACCGCUUUACCAUGGGGAGGUAUCAAUUACCAACCAUUUAGUGUUUUAUAAACCGGCAACGAACCACGAUGUCGGACUUGCUGAGCUCGCUAUGGAAUUUUGUACUGGGCGUUAUUCGCAUCCUAUUUAUUCUGAGGAGGGAGGAUGGCCCCCAGUUAUCGAGCAGUUAAUGGCGGAAAUCAGCAGAAACCAAGGUUACACACGGUCCAGGCUGCCUCCGUUCACAAAAGAAGAAAUAGAACUAGUAAAAGGUACAUACGACUUCUACGCCAUGAAUCAAUACACGAGUCGCAUCGUAAGGCCUGCCAAGCCUGGUGAAGGUGUUGGCGCGUGGUUCUUCGACGGGUGGCCGGAUAUGAACGCUGUCCUAGAAGUCCCCAAGGAGUGGAAAAUGGGUGUUGCUAAAGCUUUGGCGAUGUAUCCAGAAGGAAUAAGGCAACAGAUGCUAUGGCUCAAGAAGCAUUAUGGCAACAUCAAAAUUCUCAUCACCGAGAACGGAUACUCUGUGCGGGGUGAUGGAGUCGAUGAUGAUGAUCAAAUUGAUUAUAUGAAGCAGUAUAUGGAACAAGUGCUUUUGUCUAUGAAAGAAGAUGGAGUUAAAGUUACGGGCUACGGAGUGUGGUCACUAAUGGACAAUUUCGAAUGGUCAGACGGAUACAGACCGAGAUUUGGCCUCUAUGAAGUGGACUUCAGCGACCCAAAGAGACCCCGGUAUCCCAGGAAAUCGGCGUAUUACUAUGCCAAUAUUAUAAAAGGACGCUCCAUGAAUGCAACUGAUGUAUUCAAUCAUGUCGAUGACGGAAGACAUUGAAGACUGAUUUUGUAUGUAGAAAUAAUUGUGCUAUAUGUAGCAUGAUAGUAUUAGAAACAAUUUGUAUUUAAAUAUAAUUAUAUAUGAUAAAUAAAUUUAUAUAGAUGACAAUUUUA